AUGGUCGACAAGAUGCAGAUUGCCGCCGCGAAUCCAUUUCAAGACACAUACGACAAACUCCUUGCCAUCAGGAACAAGCUCGAGAAACUCACGCUCACACAAGCCUGGUCUUUACGUGAGACAGAUCUUUGGGACUACCAACGUCAACUUGAUCGCAUUGAUGAGUCGCGAGUCGACGGCAACUUCUUCGAUGCUCUCGGAAGACCUGCAGAGAUCUACGAGCAAAGAGUGAGCUGCGCUGACACACUACUCUAUCUUCUGCGGAAGAGCUAUGCGCUUGUCUAUCAACUUCUUAUGACCUCGGAACCGGUCUCAGAGGCCCUGCUCCCAAUCUACAACCAGUUGACAACUCUACGGAAAUGCUUGCUGGAUGUAAAGAAACUUGGUGGCGUUUCAUCGCCACGAGAGCUCUAUCCGUACAGCAUGAAGUUGAACUCGAUCGACAACAUGCGAAAAGAUGGCAAGUUUAUGGUUGGUAACGAAAUUCCUGACGGCCAAGGGCGCGUGACGCAACUGCUCGAGGAGUGCUUCGAUCUUGCGUACGAGCUGCGGAACGAUGCCGAAGAGGACAGCUCUGCCGAAGCGACUCCCCAGAGUGAGACACCCAACGAACCGUUGGCGGCAUAA